UUGAUCAAGUAUGUCUAAUGAUUGUAAUGAUGUGUUUAUAGAAUCGAUUAAUUUUUAAUUGUGCAAAUUUUAACUACACCUUAAUUAUGCCCCUUACAAGGUCAUGGUACGUAUACGCCAAUACGCUUCUUUUUUUUUUUUUUUUUUAUUUCGCCGACCGUUACAUAUGAAAUAGGAAGAAGUAAUGAAAAAUAACGUGAGCGCUGGGCCUCGCUAGCUACCUUACGUUCUUCGAGCGAACACCAUACCACUUCGCUAAAAGAAAAUUCCCGCUAGCUUUAGCUGGUAAGGUGACAUAUACUCUUCACUUUUACGAAUUGUAGAAGCAAAUAACGAAAUUCUGGAAUGAUACAGUUAUGUUUUAAAAUAUUACCCUGAGCAGAACCCGUAACCUUCGAUACAGGGACGAUCGGUCAAUUCCGAUACCAAACGUGAGGCAGAAAUCAUAUACCUCUAUCUUUUCUGAAGUUAACAUAAGUUGAAAUAAAACUGUACAUGGAAAUAUUUAAUUCAGGAUAUCCAUAUUUAUUAUUUUUGUUGUAGCAUGGAAUUCACACUCUGUUAUUUCAAAAAUAAAACAUCUGUAAAUGGCACCUGAUCGAUAUAGUUAUCGAUUUAGCGUACUUAGCGCCUGAAUCAAGUAUCAGAAAAAAAACAUGUAUUUAAUGCAUAUUUUUUUCAUUAUUCUCGAAGUUUGAAAUUAUCUCCAGAACGGGUCACCGCGUUGUUGAAUUUGCGUUAGAGCCCUAGCGCAAACAUAAGUAAGUCAUUAAAUGAUCAGUCAAUAAUGUUUUAUUUCGGCAUCAUUACGUAUAAACACAUUACGUUAUUGAACAUGUUAACAUAAAGUAGUGAAAUGGUAAACUUGUGCUCAAUCCACUAUUGACAUCAGGAUCACGACACGGUAGUGUUAAUAAUAUCGUCUAAUGACAUGUAGGCAAAUAAAACGGAACAGGAAUUUUAAUUGCAUACCAAUCAAUGGAUAUAAUUACCUGACAAACAAUUCAAACAGAAACAAUUUAUCUGAAACAAUAAUUGAUAUAAUGCUACGACAAUUAUAAAUCUCAAAUAAUCGACGAAUCUUAAUUUGAUCAGCUGUCGCAGUACACGAUAAAAACAAUCGUGGUAUACAAAGAUAUACAAAAGUCUUAUCGAUGUAAUAUCCAGAUGAAGCAUGAGUAAAGAGGUUUUAAUGAUUGAUAGUUAACGAUAAUAAAAAGAACUUGAAUAUACUCUCGUCACAAUUAUAAUCUGAAUAACAUUUGUUUUCAAUCGUGGACAGCGAACAGGGGAAAUGGACCACUUGUGAGAGAAUAGAAAACGCAUAGCUGUAACCAGGAGACCGUAAACGUGAGAAAUAAGAACGCUGAAUGAGACGAUCAAACGAUAGCGCAAAUAGUAAAGAAAGAAAAAAAAAACUAUAAAAAAAAAGACAAAAUCACCAAGGAGAUAGAUAACCGACAUGUAACGAAGAAAUGAACUCUAAAAUAGAAACAAUGUAACAAACAGACAACACGAAGAACACAGAUAAAAAACAAAGAGGAAGGGAACGGAGAAGAAAAAUAGUAGUCAUCACCUUAACAGGAUCUGGGAUCGUUUCAAGAGUAAAAGUGACUCAUAUGUGACUCAAGACUCAUAUACUGUUAUCGGACACGCAAAAUAAAGACGGAUUCAGAGUGCUCUCAUUCAUUCGUUUUUGUAGAGUGUAUACUUUUGAGAGAAGUAAAAGUUUCGGAGAACAACCUUGAUUAAGCAAGAUGUAUUUCUGCAUACUCGUCGUGAUCGCCCUGUAUUCACCAAGACUUGUUAUGGGUAAUAAUUCUUCUGUUGACACACAACUUUACAAAGACCUGCUUUUAAACUACGAGAAAAAUGUUCGACCUGGAAUAAAUUACAGUUAUCCAACCAUGGUUGAAUGCGAAUUCACACUUGCAGGAUUGAAUAGAUUUAAGGAAAUAGACAGUAAGAUUUCAAUAUUAGGCGUGUUUGCAAUCCAGUGGUUUGAUGAACGUCUGUCAUGGAAUCCAUAUGAAUAUGGAGGUAUUUUAAGUACGCUGGUUCCUGAAAAUUUGCUCUGGAAACCAGACAUUGCUAUAACAAAUUCACACUCCGGUAUCCGUUUUCUGUAUGGAGGUGGCUUCCAUAUCCGUGUACUUUACGAUGGAACCAUUACGUUGACCACUGGCGACACCUAUGAUCUUUAUUGCACCGCUGACGUCACUUACUACCCCGUCGAUACACAAACCUGUUACAUGGCCAUGGUAUUAUGGAACUCUUACCCCUGGGAGGUUACGUUUGAUCAUGUCGAUGUAUAUAAGAACAUGGAUAAUUUUACCUCCACUAAUCCUUCAUGGGACGUAACCGAGACUACAAUGUACACAACAGUUGACCAAACACUGGCACUAACAAUAUUAAACAUCAGGAUAAGAUUAAAACGAUUAUCAGAAUAUGUCGUCAUCAACAUGAUACUUCCGGUUUGUUUUCUCUGUGUCAUAAACAUAUUUGUGUUUUUCCUUCCGGCCGAAUCUGGAGAGAGAAUAGGAUUUUCAAUAACUCUCCUUUUGUCCGUCGCGGUAUUCAUGACAAUUUUAUCAGACUCUCUGCCUCAAUCAUCACGACCCCAGAUAGCAGUCUUAUGCUACUUCCUGUUUUCGCAGUUAAUGGUAAGCAUUCUAAUGAUGGUCUUCACCAUAUUUGGGCUGCGAUUUUACUGGAUGUCGCCGGAGAGGCCGAUUCCGGUGUAUCUGAAAAGGUUUUCACAAACGAUGGGUUGGUUGGUUGGAUGUCAGUGCUUCAAGAGAAGAAAGAUUAUCGAUGUUGAAGAACCAGAACGUAUACCCGACUCUGGUAAGGACGAAUACAACAUCAAAUCUGUUGCAGAACUUGAUGAAACGCCUCAUGAGGCAGAUGAGCAUACUACUUGGCAUAAGAUAGCAAGCGAUUUCGAUAAUUUUUGCAUUAUCUUUUUCAUUCUUCUUAUCUUUUUAACAAAUGCUGUAUUUUGUGGAAGAUUGUUGAAUCCACAACUAUGAAAAUUCCGUAAAUUGUAUUGUGGUUAUGUAAUGAAAUAAUUCUAACUAAUGCAAGUGAUUACAAAGAAUUGUCAUAUGGUAUCAUAAGUUUUUUUUUAAAUUGCUUAUGUACAAUAUGUGAAUAUAGGAAUUUUAUUUUAAUUCAUAUUUUUUUGUCGAACCGAUUUAAGGAUCAAGGAAUGUGCGACAUAUUUGGUAAUAGAGAGGUCGUUUAUUUUGACAGUGAAAUGAAUUCCUGGAAAUGGGUAUUGACAAGGUUCUGAUGGUACAAUUUGACUGGAUCGUGACGCCACAAUGGCAAUAUUUUAUUAUGUAAUAUACUGGUAGUUGUUCGUAUUGUGUUAUGUCUAACAUCAUAACAAUCAUUUGCCGUUAUGAAUGAAACUGGUCCUUUCUUAGGAAUCCUUCAUUUUUAAGCUGAAAUUUUAUACGUCAGUUGUUAGAUCUGUUUAAAUAAUUAUGGUACAAAACUAAUUCGUAUUUUAUUAACCUAAAACCACAAAACACUGGUCAUUUAAGUCUGAGGAAGAUAACAGAGCUGUAAUCGAAAUUCAUGAAAUGUAUUUAAACUUUAAGAAUGUCGUAUGUUUUGAAUUACAUCCAGUGUCAAUAUGAAUAGAUCUCUGUAGAGAUGGGCAGUUGCUACGAUAUACAUGUAUUGCGAAUGAUAGUAUUAUUUGUUACUACUAACGAUAAAUUGUAGCUUCGCUCUGUCUUAUACCUAUCACAUCCGAUUAAUGAAUCAAUGUAUCCAUGUACAUGUCUCCUUAUUAGCAAUAAAUUGUGUUUCUGCAAACAUA